AACGAUAAAAAGCAUUUAUUGACGCUAAUUGUAUAUAUGUGGUGAAACAUAUUGCAUUUUUGCAUUUGUAAUUUUAUUCAAGUGAAAUUAUUUAAAAGAUUUGUAAAUAAACUAACUAGUGUAUAUAAAAGUCGAAGUUAUAAAGCAAUUUGUAAUUUGAAAGUUUGCCAUGUAAUGAAGUUGAGUGUAUUUCGUUAUUUUCGGUAUUCCUCGUGCUAGCAUUUGGUAUACAAUAGUCAAGUACCUACUUUGUUUUAAAGUGACAAGAAAGAUUUAAUUAGCUUUCAAUAAUAGCAGUGCAAUAAAAUUUUUUGUCGGUCAAGUUGGCUGGCCAGUCUCGUUUGAGACUUACUGAAUAUAAUAUUUUAAAAUAAUGCGAGAAUUUAAAGUGGUUGUAUUGGGUUCGGGCGGUGUCGGCAAGUCUGCCCUUACUGUUCAAUUCGUUUCCGGGUGCUUUAUUGAAAAGUACGAUCCCACCAUUGAAGACUUCUACCGAAAAGAAAUAGAGGUAGACAAUUCGCCGUGCGUACUUGAAAUUUUAGAUACCGCAGGUACAGAACAGUUUGCAUCAAUGAGGGACUUAUAUAUAAAAAAUGGACAUGGAUUUAUUGUAAUGUAUUCGUUGACAAACCAUCAGACUUUUCAGGAUAUAUCAAGCAUGAAAAAUGUCAUAACAAGAGUUAAGGGAAGUCAACCGGCCCCAAUUUUACUAGUCGCAAAUAAAAUUGAUUUAGAUUGCCAAAGAGAAGUUUCUACUGAGGAAGGAAACGCUCUUGCUCGACAAUGGGACUGUCCGUUUAUUGAAGCAUCCGCAAAAGAUAGAAUAAACGUAAAUGAAGUGUUUGCAACUAUAGUACGUGAAAUGAAUAUGACACAGGAAAAACGCCAGAAAAAAAGUUACUGUUGUUGUACACUUUUAUAGAAAUAUUAAAAAACGUAUUAAUAUAAAAUUAGCUCAAAAGUGUA